AUGUCUUGGACGCCAUUAAUUAAUUUUUGCGAUAUUUUGGAAGCUAUUAGUCAGGUGUACCUGUUCAAAACUUUCCAAAUCAUUUGCAAAAAAUGGGUUGAGCUAGCAGCAAACGAAGUCAAUAACAGGCCAAAAAGGAACCAACAUAGACUAGUGCUAAAAGACACCCCUAGAUCUGCAAAGUAUACAUACCAACUAACUGCACUACCCACAACAGAAACACCUACUGUUUUAGAUGCCCAUAUGGAUAACCCUCAAUAUGAUAUAUAUUUAUACAGUCCAACUUCGGGUUGCAGAAACACCUACCGUUAUGGAUGUCCAUGGUUUACAUUCCAACUACCGGUUGCAGUUAAUCUC